AACAAAACAAAUUAGACUAGACUCAUCGAACACUAACUUGAAAUUCCCACCAUUUUGCCAUCGCUUAAAACUCUUCACUUCAAUCAGUUCAAUGUCCACCAACGACAACGACAAUGAAGAUCCAUGGUUGGCCCCAGACAAGCUUCACCAUCUGCUCUUCUGUUUCUCUCUCACACUCCUCUUCUCCUUCCUCGCGACCCGUACCCGCUACCCUUUCCUCCGCCGCCACUCCAUUCGGGUCGGAUCCAUCCUCUCCCUCCUCGCCGGCGCUGCGAAAGAGGCUGCCGAUCACCUCGGAUUUUUCCAAUCCUCCGGAGCCUCUGCCAAGGAUGCCGUCGCCGAUUUCAUUGGCGUUCUCAUCGCUUAUCUCGUGCUAUCGCUUGCUUCAUCGUUCUGGUUCUCGGGUCGACCCGAUAAGGGUCCGGGUCAGACCUCGAUGGUCUGAGCGGGCUAUUGGGUCCGAAUCAGUGAGUGAGGUUGGCUAGGCCUAGGAGGACUUCAAUCAAGCUUUCCAGGCAUCGGGUCAACCCGGGUUUCAGGGCCGAGAUGUUUUCAUGGGUAAUUGGGUCAGAAUGCAUGGUUAGUGGGGUGGAGCAUUCUGUGAUGGGUGGUUGAAGAAGAGGAAGGUUUGUUUUGUUGGUGAGAAAGUGUGGGAAAAGAAAAGCAAGGUUCCAAUUUAGUGAAGGAAUUACAAGUGCUGCUGAGAAAUGUGGGACUGGUGAAGAAGGAAAAAAAAGAAAAAGAAAAAGAAAAAGGAUUUUGGGUUUUGGAUUAGUUGAGGUACCUUUUUUGUUCCCCUUGAUGUCAUUUGUAGUAAUUCUUUGGAAAAUAACAAUUAAAUUUUGUUUACCUUGCCUUCUUGUUCUCAUGUACCAAGUGGAGAAUUAUAAUUGCCUUUUUGUGCCCCUUUCCAUCCUAAUUAAUGGUUAUAGAAGAAUUAUUAGUAAA